AUGUGUAUGUGGUACUCAGUGUCUGGUCUCGCCAUUUAUUUCGCGUCAUGUCAGAAACUGUCCGAUCCCUGGCAGCGAUUGACAUCAGUUCCGAUGUCAUGCCCCCCAGAGUAUGUAUCCCGACUGCUUACCGUGAAGGUGAAGGACGUUUAGAAGACCGAUGUUUGCGUUAUUGAAACUCCAGCAAGGUCAAGCUUGAGUAAAUUUCAGUAUGUCACAAUAACACUCGUAGCUGAAUAUCUCUUGUAUUUCCUGCUUCUCAAGCGUGACUCAAUACCAGUUCGUUAUGUCAUCAUACAGACGCGUGCUCCCAUAUAAAAGCAACGGAGAAGUGUCUUUACAGGACUUGUGGAUAUUUAAAGUGAUGAAUAUCAGCAUUUCCACAGUAUCAAGUUGAUCUAUUAUUAGCGGACGGCGACGUUCAUUUUGAAAGACAAGAAUGUCAGGAAACCACGUGACAUCAGAGGCAAAUGGGUAUUCACCGGAUCCCUCCGCCAUGCAGAACCAGACCGGGAACACUCAUCCGGGGUCCGAUCAGACAGAUUCUCACGAGGACAACGCACCAGCGUCUCCAACGGAACAGAACUCGGCGGCGGUGGAACGUCGUGCGUUGUUCCAGAAGCAGCCAUCAUCUAAACGAAAUACCUUCCCAGCUAGCGACAAUCGACCUCCCGAAAACCGACGGUGGUCCGACAUCGAUGAGCAAGGGGCAAAGCCAGGAGUAGUUUUUAAACGGCAGUCCAGCUUUGACUUUGUCCACUCCGACUCCUUCAGUAGGAAACCUCAUUCUGAAAAGCUGAAGGAGAUCGAUCCCGAAAAAGUGCCAUGGUGGACUUCGCAGCGUUUUGGGUUGUCCAUUCUGUGGUUCUUCGGCUUCCUGUGUCUGUACUCACAGAGGGUGAACCUCAGUAUAGCCAUUGUCUCCAUGGUCGACCACGAAGCCCUGAAACACUCGCAGCAGGUGACCUAUACUGUCGCAAACAUGACCAAUGGGACAGCAUACAAUGCAACAUCGCCGGCAACGAACAUAUCUGAAGAAGAACAGUGUCCGGUUUCCUCCUCUAAGAGCACCACGGGUGGAGAGUUUGUGUGGAGCAAGCAGCUCCAGGGUCUCAUCCUUGGUUCCUUCUUCUGGGGGUACCUCGUGCUACAGGUGCCCGGGGGGUGGCUCAGCGAGAGGUUCGGCUCCAAGAAAGUGGUGGCCUUUGCAAUGUUCCCUGUGGCCAUCUUCAAUCUGCUGACGCCAGUUGCUGCGCGGACUGACCCCUAUCUCUUCCUCGCAGUCAGGGUCAUCGUUGGAUUAGGGGAGGGCGUCUUGUACCCAGCAGCACAGGCCUUCUGGGCGAGAUGGUCUCCACCCCAUGAAAGAAGUCGACUUAUAGGAUUCUCGUAUGCGGGUGGUCAGUUUGGCAACGCCAUGAUUUUCCCCGUCGGUGGCUACCUGUGUGCAUACGGCUUCGACGGCGGUUGGCCCUCUGUGUUUUAUGUUAUAGGAAGCGUGGGGUUCAUCUGGUGUGUAUUCUGGUGUAUUUUCGCCAGCAACUCCCCCGCCGACUCACCGAGGAUCUCGGAGAUAGAGAGGAAGUACAUCGAGUACUCUGUUGGACCACUGAACAGAGGCAAGCGGACCACUCCCUGGAAGUCUAUCUUCACGUCCCGUGCCGUGUGGGCCAUCAUCGUCGCCCACGUGUGCGGCAACUACGGGAUUUACAUGUUGCUGACGCAACUCCCAACAUACAUGAAAGAUGUGCUCAAGUUCGAUAUUAAGGCAAACGGCCUGUUUUCCAUGCUGCCCUACCUGUGUUUCUGGUUCUUGAUCACCGUCUCCGGGGCACUGGCCGACCUGCUCAUAUCCCGGAACAUCCUCAGUGUGGCCUGGACCCGCAAACUGAUGACCUGUAUCGGUACAAUAGCUCCUGCAAUGUUCCUGAUUGGGACAGGAUAUAUGGACUGCACCCAGCAGGCCGGAGCUGUCGUCAUGGUGACGCUGGCGGUGGGACUCUGCGGCUUCCACUUCAGCGGCCACUUCAUCAACCACGGGGAUGUCGCGCCACAGUAUGCCGGGACUAUUUUCGGGAUCACCAACACCGCAGCUACAGUUCCAGGUAUCCUUGCGCCCUACAUCGUCGGAGCCAUGACCAAAGAUGGAACGAGAGAACAAUGGCUGUCAACCUUCUACGUAGCCGCGGCUAUAUACUGCUUCGGGGCUAUCUUCUACCUGUUUAUGGCGAUGGGCAACGUGCAGCCAUGGGCUGAGGCCGGCGACAUGAACAACGCCGGUGAACAAGACAACAUGGUGACGUUCAAACUGAACGACAUCACAGAGGAGGGCCAGAACGGAGAUCAGGACCACCCGGGACGGACGCUCAUGACGAAUGACAGGAAGGAUGUUUGAGGAUACAGAUGGUGUUUGAGGAUACAGAUGGUGUUUGAGGAUACAGGUGGUGUUUGAGGAUACAGGUGACUAGCAUAUCUGAGGAUUGCGUUGGGAACUUAGGUCCGUCCCUGUGCCCACCGUCCAGUCGAAAGUAGAUAUUAAUCAAAGGGACCAACGUUGAUCUCCCAAAUACUACAUGUAGAAGCUUCAUAUGAAUGCAUAAGUAUUAUAUAUUUACAAGAGACUAGCCCCAUGCAAAAGUAUUUUUUUGCCAUAUAUCUCCUUGUCCACCCUUCCGACAUUUAUAGCAGGUCUUUUUAGUCGAAGCCAACCCUAUUGAGGCCCACUGAAGUAUAGACAGACAAUUGUACCGUCCACUGUCACCUAGCCAAUGCGCAUGCGUUGGUCGUAACGGAAGCGUGACGUAAAGGCACACCUAUGCCUGGUUAGGGUUUUCCGACUAUUUGGUUUACGAUAAGUCGAUCCAACUAUUUAUUCCCGUCGCGUCUGUUAUCAUAUUUGUAAACAAUAUGUUUAUAAACAGAUCGACCAAAGUUGAUCUGUAUCUAAGGGAAGCAACUCUUGACUCGAUGUAGCCACUACUAAAACAUCAAUAAGUAAGAGAUCGCUUGUGAAACAAUUGUACACAACCACCGUUGGUUGGUUAACGCCGCACUCAGCAAUAUUCCAGCUCAAUGACGGCGGUCUGUAGAGAAUCGAGUCUGGACCAGACAAUCCUGUGAUUGAAAACAUCGAUUCACGCAAUUGGGAUACGAUGACAUGCAUCAACAAAGUCAGCGUGCCUGACCACCCGAUCCCGUUAGUCGCCUCUUACGACAAGCAUAGUCGCCUUUUACGGCAAGCAUGGGUUGCUGAAGACCUAUUCUACACAACCACCGACCCGUAUUUGUAAACACAUGCAUUAAUAAACAAAGAUAUACAUGACCUUACCUGAAACUAACGUACAUCUGCGAGUGUAUUGACAUAACGGUCAUCCAACACGUGACCUUAGCUAGAGGAUUCUGCGGUGAAGGUCACUCACGCGCACGAUGAAGGUAAAAUUUAAUGCAUUUAACUGCGUCUCAAAGAAAAACAAGUUGCAGCCGACGUGUGUGUUCUCCAUGUUGGUGCUAAAUGCAAUGACGUGUAUGUAAACGAAGUUCAAUAUGUGUAUAUUUUCCUGCCAAAAACGUCUUUCCUCUUGCUGAAUUUAAAUUAGUAAAUAUAGACAUACCCCAUUUGUCAGAUACCUAAGUUGGCAUUUGUGAUUUUAAGGUAUCUCACAAAUGGGUUACCUGAGAAAUGGGGUGUGGCCCUUUGAGCGGAGAAUCUAAACUGGAAAAAGAAGUGCAUGGUAUGUGUAUUGGAAGCGCCUGUCGUGAGAGAUUACCUGUUGUCAUACAAGGAGGAGAGAAUCUAUUAUCAUUGUUAUAUAUAUUUUGAUAUAUAUUUUUUGUUGCCAUUUUGCCGUGUACGUGUUUAUUAGUUUAUUUUGUAUAGGCUUGUUAAUAUUUUGGGAUAUAAAUGUACAUACAUAUAUAUUUACGUUAAAGACGUUGUCCGGUGAUCGUCUUAAUCCCAUUGACGAUAUUACCCAAAUGUGAUAAAUUAAGUUCAACUUGAAGAAUCUCACAUCAUUGUAUGUGUAUGUCACACAGGAAGACCAACAUUUCCUCCUGUAGAAUCUUUCCUCAUUAGUCGUCAUAGAAUCAGGCCAUCUGAUUGGUCAUAUCCAUACUACUCGACUGGUCGGCCUUAACGGUGAAAAUGGUUGGCACAGUGCCAACAACUUACCUUAAUCUUUAAGGUGAGGCAAUUUGGGGACAGUCGUCGUUAGCCCGUUGAUGUUGGAACAGUUUCAUGAAUUAUAAAUGCGGAUCCAGCAUUUCUUAAAAGGAGGGGUCCAAAAUAUCAAAAUACUCUCUCAGAUAGUUUUACUGCCUUCAUCAAGUGUUUCUUAGUUUGCUUUCUACGAAACCCUAGAAAGGUCUAGGAGGCGAAGCAACUUAUUUUGUCCGGCAGCGGGACAUGGGAAUAUUUGUUGUUACCUUACAAGAUGUUAUUUAGUUACUUUAAACAUAUUUUAUUCAGAUUGAAAUGGAUUGGGAACAAGUUAUCCAACUUAGGACCCCCUCUCCAUGGUAUUUACAAAAGCUUAUACAGUAAAUCAUAUACAAGGAAAACAGAAAAGAAGAUGAGUGUAUAGAUAUUAAUGAAAUGUACAAAUGAGAGUCUAGUAUAUUUACAUUAAAGUGUUACCCAAAUCUCUUUGUAUGACUUAUAAACAUUUGCACUGCCUUAAAGAUAUGUUGAUUUUCGAUAAGGGACAAACAUUCAUUUCCGUUUAACAUCUUAAAUCUAAUCUAAAUCUAAUUUAACAUUUUUGUUCUGUAAUAUGUCUCGAAAUGUUUUUAACAUAGAUUUUCUUUGGUGGACUUACAAUGGACACUCUAACAAAUAAUGAAAUGCGUUUUCACAUGGAUUACCACAUUGAUAUAUUGGAUCACAUUUUAUCUGUAUUCUGUAUAAAUCAUAAUUUAACUAGCUUUUCGUGUAUCUUAAUCGAGUAUGAUACAUAUUCAACUUUCUAACACCAUAGGAAAAAUAUGGAGGUGCAAUAACUUGCACUUUUUGUAUGUGUCUUGAAUUGGGAUGUAGAUGUACAGUUUCUACCUGCUGCAGGAAUAGUGUUCCAUAACCUUACAGUUGAUGG